AUGGAAGUCCUCUGCCGCCUCCCUGGGAUGAUAACCUACCAGUUCUCGGCACGCACCCGUCGCUUCCCAGCCACCCGGGACGCCGUGUACGAGCAUGGCGCAGCGAUCGUUGACCGCUUCGAGACGCACGGCAUGAACGUGGAGUGGCAUUACAACCCCGCGACGUUCAUGCACGCUGUCCGUCUCACCGUCUCGACCGACCAGACGACUCAGUGGUGCCGCUGGAUGGAGAGCGUGUUGAUCAAGCUCAUCAGCCAACCGUACUCUGAAACCCCCGAACCUGUCUUGAUCGUCGAGGAGGACGAGAACGAGGACGACGACGGCGGCUGGGGAAGCAACAAGCUGUGGAGCCUGCAGAAGUGCCAUUGGACCACGUCGUGGGAGUGGGCCAAUGACGUGGAUGCCAACCGCCAGUACGACGACUACGACGGCUACAACGACGGCGCCGACGACUACAACCACGGCCCCGAAGAUUACAACAACGGGGCCGACGACUACAACAACGGGGCCGACGACUACAACGACGGCACCGACGGCUACAACGACGGUGCCGGUGACUCCAACAGCGGUGCCGAUGACUGCAACGACGGUGCCAACGACUACAACAACGGUGGCGACCGCUGCAACGACGGCGUCGACGACAGCAACGACGCCGACGACUUCAACAACAGCGCCGGCGGCCACGACACCGGCCCGAAGAUGCUCCCCGAGUCUGCGGACGACGACGACGACGACUACGACGACGAAUUCGACGACGACUCGGAGGCGGUGCGCGACUGGGACGUUGACGACGACCACAACGCCAACGACGGCGCCGAAUGGGUGGACAUUGUCGAGAUGGAGGAGCCGGUGUCGUCUGGCGAGGAGGAGACGCUCGACGAGGACGCCGAGGGCGACGAUGACGCCGACGGUGACGAUGACCACUACGGCGACGACAACACCACCUUGGAGGGCAACCAAGCGGCCGACUACAUCCACCAACCUGGCGUCCAGGCCAACUUCAACUUUCCUCCAUCCCACCCCGUCCACCAGUACCACCAGUACAACAGAGGCAACACACACACCAGGGGCGGCGGCCCGGCGUUCCACUACCCAGUCCCCUUCCGCGGGUACGACUACCAGACCGCCGACGACGGCAAUCCCCAACCCCAGGCCGGUGGUAAGACCUUCCGCUACCACACGUAG